AGUCUCGCUUAUUAUAUUCACCAAACUCACAUCAACACUAAAAGCUCAUCACACUUCUUGUGGCUUUCUCUUUACACCUCUUCAUUGCUUUCAUAACCAACAAAAAAAAUCAAUGAUGUCUUUUGUCGCAAACUUGGCCAUCAAGAGUUUGGACCGUGCUUCCGCGGUGUAUGUUGAAGAUGUGGUGGAUAGUUCUCGAGUGGCAUAUGGAGAAAAUGGUGGUGAUGACGAUGACAGUGGCUACGAUUAUGCUCCUGCUGCGUGAUUGUCUCCUAUUAGUACAUAAUUGUAAUUCAGGAGGAAAAAGAAAAGAGAGUAAGGUAAUUUAGAUAUCUAGCUAGGCCAUGUAUGUACUCAAUAUAUAGUGUGGUGACUGGUGAGUCUCUAAUAGAUUAAUAAAUAUCGUUUCCACAGAUGUUUACUUGUGUCAGCUAUCCAAUAAAAAAAAAGAUGUUUACUUGUGUCAGCUAUCCAAUAAAAAAAAAGAUGUUUACUUGUGUC